CUGCCACACCUCUGGAUGAGGGUGUGUCACCAUGGAGACCUGCCGCUGCCAUUGGCUGGCGCCUGGGGCUGGGGCUAUAAAGCCGGGCCCAGAGAGCAGUGCACUAACAGUGUUGACCAGACUCAGACGGUGUCGCCCGCGGAGCGGAAAGGGCAGGAUUUCAGCGCGGCCGUCGGUGACACCAUGGAGAAAAACGAAUUCACGUAUGAAGAUUACCAGAGCACCGCUGAGUGGCUUCUGUCUCACACUGAGCAUCGACCUCAAGUGGCAGUGAUCUGUGGUUCUGGGUUAGGAGGUCUGACUGCUAAAUUAACUCAGGCCCAGAUCUUUGAGUACAGUGACAUACCCAACUUUCCCCAAAGCACAGUGCAAGGCCAUGCUGGUAAACUGGUGUUUGGAUUCCUGAAUGGCAGAGCCUGUGUGAUGAUGCAGGGCAGGUUCCACACAUAUGAAGGAUACUCACUAUCAAAGGUGACAUUCCCAGUGAGGGUUUUCCGUCUUCUGGGUGUGGACACUUUGGUAGUCACCAAUGCAGCUGGAGGGCUCAACCCCAACUUUGAAGUUGGAGACAUCAUGCUGAUCCGUGAUCACAUCAACCUACCUGGUUUCUCUGGUCAAAACCCUCUCCGAGGCCCCAACGAGGAAAGGUUUGGAGUUCGCUUCCCUGCCAUGUCUGAUGCUUAUGACCGGAAUAUGAGACAGAAGGCUUUGACUGCCUGGAAACAAAUGGGGGAGCAACGGGAAUUACAGGAAGGCACCUAUGUGAUGCUGGCAGGACCCAACUUUGAGACUGUGGCAGAGAGCCGCCUGCUAAGGAUGCUGGGAGCAGAUGCUGUUGGCAUGAGCACGGUCCCAGAAGUUAUCGUUGCACGACACUGUGGGCUUCGAGUCUUUGGUUUCUCACUCAUUACUAACAAGGUUGUCAUGGAUUAUGCAAACCUGGAGAAGGCCAAUCACCAGGAAGUCUUAGAAGCCGGAAAAGCAGCUGCACAGAAACUGGAACAGUUUGUUUCCAUUCUCAUGGAGAGCAUUCCACCUCGGGAGCACUAGUCUCUGCUCUUAGAUGGUAACAGAAAGGGAAGAGGAGGAUCCCUUCCCUUCACCUCUCCCAAUGUUCUUCCACCAUUCUGAUGUCUGUCCCUCUUGCUCAGUUGCCUUCACAAAACAGUUUAACUUUCACUCCUUUGGAAGAGCACAGUUGGGCCUUUUGCCUUCAAACAGUACCUUCUAGAUCUGGGAGAUCACACACAUGUUCCUCUGGGCUCAGCCUGGCUUCCCUAAAGAACUAGAGACCAAAGACCAACCCAAUACCUCUUUUAUUUAGUACCACAAUAUUUGGAGAAUAAAGAGACCAAAUGCA